GAGAUCUUCGUGUGUGUUGUGCUGGCGUUUGGGGAGUCGGGGUAUUUCUAUUUACCCAAUGAUCCAAUAGAAGGCUUUAAAUCAAGAAGUCAAGAACCUCCAAAAUUCUCCGUUAAUGAAUUGCUGCUGUACUUCAAAGGGAACCACUGCCCACAUCUGAUCCUCAAACCAAAAAUUUUUUUGAUACAGACAUGUAACCCUAACCUUGACCAGAUAAAUAAAGCCAAUUUUGCUGCGGUCGGAGGACUGCUGCCCCAAAUACAGAGGUCCCCCAUAGAAGCAGACAUACUUAUCUAUCAAUCAACUGUGUCAGGUGGUUAUACUGAUAGAAUGAAAAAAAAAACGAAGUCGAGACUAGGAAAGAACAUUGACCAUAAAAGAAAAAAGUCGGCCUGUCAGUUUGUGUAUGCCCUCUACAAGGAGGUCAAAGCUCUCACUGACCACAGGGAAGAGUUUGAACUGACCGAUCUCAUCCUCAACGUCAAUAAGUCACUAGAGGACUUCAUUGAGAAGGAGCAUUAUAAAUCUGACGAGAGAAACAAACCCUGGAACAUAGAACCUCCCGAGGUCCCAGUGUGUAUAAAUCAACUGACCAAGAAACUGGUGCUAAAGACACAAAGAUGGAAUUCUACUCAGAGACCUAUACAUUGUUGUAUACUAUGAUAUUUUUGUUAAUAAUAUAUUUUAAUUAUAAUAUAUGGAAACCUUUUUGAGAUAAUUAUAUAGGAUCUCCCAUGUUUGUAGUUGGAUAUGAUUUUUAUCUAAUGAUUUAAGUGGGUUUUCUUUAUCCCAGAGCCUUGGCUGUAUCCCAAAGGGAUUAAAAACACAAUGCAUUUGAUAAAAAGCAAAUCCAACUUCAAAUCAUGGGAUAUUUUUUUAUCUCAUGUUCAAUGCUUCACAAAAUAUGUUUUACACAGUUUUUCCAUAGAACUCCCAUUUUAUUAUACUUCAUUAUGCUAACACAUAACCACUGUGAUGUUUGAGGGAUAUCAAUAAAAUAUCAAAUGAGGUGCAUCCAAAAGAUAAAGGGGUAAUCAUGGAUUAAAUUAUAAAUGUGUUUGAAAGAAGGAUAAUACUAGAGUCUUUCUCUUUACAUGUAACAUGUACAAUAAAAAUUUCAGGAAACAAAAAUUUAACUUGAUAUUGUUACAUAGUGUAUCCAAUGUGUCUUGUCCAUACAUGCAAGAUUUUCAUUCUUUUUUGAAAAAAUUAGUUUGAGAGAGAGAGAAAGUUUCAAUUGAACAUGUUGAAUGUUAACAUCAAAUACUUGUAACUAAGUAAUCUUUUCAUGAGGUUUUUCACAGUUUCAUGCAUUAGAUAAUGCUUGUUUUAAAAUUUUCACAUGGAUUUUAAAGAAGCUGUUAAAUUUUAAAUGACACAUGCAUCAUUUAAAGUCUAAUUUGAUGUAUGUAGAAACAACAAUUAUAUAUCUUUAAAAUGACUAAUAUGUACACUUUUAUAUGUAUUUUUACUAUUCAAGUAAUCAUCUACUAACAUAUUGUAAA